CGAGAAUCGAGAGGUUGCGCGCAAUGGACGAAAGUCGGCGUUCGUGCCAAGAGAAAGACUUGCACGUGUCGUGUAAAAUAAACAACAGACGGGAGGAUACCGUUAUCGUCAACGCUUCUUGUCCUGUGGGAGCCUCUGCCCAACUAGAGGCGCCUCCCCAGCAGCACCGGCACAAGGCAGGCAACAAGGAGGAUCGAGCAUGCGUCAUUGUACACGACACAGUGCCUGCCCACUGGCGACGGCCUCAGGAGACAAGCAGCGCUGAGAAUGCGAAGAAUGUCGUAGCGGCCACUUCCACCAGUACAGCUCGCGAGGUCAAGCCCUUCUUCCGAGACAAGAUCCUCCAGCAGCAGAGCAAGCACUGGGACAUCUUCUACAAGAACAACCGGACCAACUUUUUCAAAGACCGUCACUACCUCGGCAAAGAGUUUGGCACGUUUGUAAGGGAGGCAGUUGAAGCGAGGAGGAACAGGGAGAACACAAUCAUGAUGCUGGAGGCUCCUAAGAUUAGUAGUUCAUCUAGCGAGAGUGAGAAUACAAUGAUGCUGGAGGCUAAGAUGAACUACAGGGAGAAUGAGAAUACAAUGAUGCUGGAGGAGGCUCCUAAGAUAGCUAGUAGUUCAUCUAGAAGCAUUGCUGCAGAACAAGCACCAUUGCUACUCGAACUUGGCUGUGGUGUCGGAAAUUCCAUUUUGCCCAUGCUCGAGGAUUUUCCGGAGUUACAGUUUGUAGCCUGCGAUCACAGCAAGGUAGCUAUUGACUUGCUGAAUGAAGAAUUGGAACGGAGGGAACGUGCCUCUGAUGAGAGUGGUCCGACGCCACACACGCCAAGGACAGCACGACAAGGGCCCGUAUCAAAUGAGGAUGAGUCUUGUUCGACUUUUGUCCUGAAGGAAUGCAACAUCGCCUCCGAAAUGCCAACUCCGUCUACCAAUGCCACUCUUUCGCCAUCAGUGAGUGUUGAUGAACAAAAAAUCGGACUAUCCGAUGCUACGCAGCGUAAUGAUCACUUGCCGCGAGUAGGCACCGAUCAUACCGAAAAGCAGACUCUUGUACAGCCCGCAAGAUCUUCGCGCGUUACUACCUUAGUGGUCGAUGCGACCGACCCUUUAGCUGCCGAUCAUCUGAAAUCUGACUUAGCUCCGUACUUCGGCAAGUGCGACGCCGUGUUGCUCCUGUUCGUUUUGUCCGCGAUCACGCCAGGAGGCAAGCAACGAGCAGUCGCAGAUCUGGCUGCAAAACUUCUAAGGCCAGAAACCGGCGUUUUGCUCUUUCGGGACUACUGUAAAGACGACUGGGCAGAGCUAAGGUUUCGCGAUCCCGCGCACAAACCAUGCGCUAUGGGAGCGCCGAGUCUCUAUAAGCGCAGUGAUAAUACGUUGGCGUACUUUUUUACGGAGGCUGAGCUUGUGGGAGAUAUUUUUGGGCCAAGAGCAAGACCACAAAGAGAGGAGUCCUAUAAUGAAGAACCGUUACGGAGAGACGAGGAUUUGUAUAGACAAGGAGAAGAUCCGACAGGUCUCGACAUACCAUUUGAAUUGCUUGACUCCUCAAUUGUGUGUAGGGAAAUCACGAAUCGAAAGGAACAAAAAACUAUGCGAAGAAUGUGGUUGCAAGCGGUUUUUAGGAGAACCUGACUUCUGCCAGAUCACGCCUGCUUCGAGACACUACAUCACGAAUAUCACGACUAGAAAAUUUUUUCUUUGUGUAACGAGCACGAGUGUGAGGGAAGAGUUUCUCGUGUCGGAAAGAGCGACGUAAGUACGUGUCUCUUCAACAACUGGGUAUUGGGGUCCACUACUUCUGAAUAUGCAUCUUUGUGUUUGUCCCCCUCUAGUCAAUGAAAUUCAUGAUGGUACAACGACAGCCCUCUACUUUUACCUUGAAUAUUCCAAGUUCAAAGGCGACAAUUUCGUGAUGAGUCAUUCAUUGGGAGCGAAAAACACAG